AUGAGCAGAGUCAACAAGAGUCAUUCAUAUCGGCUCGGAUUGUCAUAUGGAUGCGAAAUGGACGCGCGGUGUUUGCAACAAGAGACGGCAUCGGAAGGGUUGAGAGACACCAACAACAAGUCAUGGCAGAGCAUAGCAUAUCUCCAUCGCAUCGCGAUCUCGUUUUACCGCAACGAGGAGGAUCCGCAAAGGUGGGCCUGGUUUGUGAAAGUUCGGGACGAUCACGAUUGGAGAGGCGCCGAAUAUCAAGGGGACGAGGGUACUACUGCGGCUGUCCACGUUUUUCUUGGCCAGGUUCCUCUCAAUGUGACAGACAUACAGCACGGCGGCCCGAACCCCAAAGUUGCGUCGUGUCGUGCUUUGUUGCUUGUGGCACUUUUUGAUGAAGGUCAGGUCAUGAUAGCCAGCACUAGGGAACGUUAUGGCCAGCACCAGGCUGGGUUUGCUGCCCAGCUACGGGGCCUAGUAGGUGCUAGACAGGCGCGCGCAAGAGGUCUAGAAGAGCCAUUCAAGAUGAAGAGUGCCCAACUGGGAGUUGCUGAAUACGACUUCAUCUUGCUCAUCCUCGAGAGGUCCGUGGGUGAGCUGGACGGCAGCCAGCCGGGCAAAGAGUUGGAGAAGGUUGCUGCCCAGUUCAAUUCUCUCUACCUAUCCCUCGGUAUCAGAAUAGGGAAUGCCAGAGAACGUGAUGGAGAUGGAGAUACCCAGACAGACGUGUUCGGUGCCCACACGCCCCCUGUCGUCACCGAAGCCGAGAUGCGGUUGGAGGGAGGCACGUUCUCAGGAGCCGCUGGAAACUGGAAACGCCGUGUGCGACGACGCUUCGUUCGGCCGGAUGUGUUGACGGGCAGAUCCCAGUCAGCCCUUUUUCAUAUUGCGUGUUUACCUUUACACUACGCCUUUUUAUUUUCUUUCUACUUGCUCAUCGCAGAGCAGCUUUUCAUCUGUAAAGUGGUCCACGUGUUGUCAAUCAGAGUGAGAGUGAGAGUGAUGCUCUCACUGAGGCACGCUACUGAGCUCAUUCCAAACCCACUGAAGUCUGAGGGGACGGAAAGACCCAGAGGCGGAGUGAGAGGCCGGCGUGAGAGUGAGAGUGAGAGGGGCCACGGGCGGGCGGCUGCACCCACUUUAACCUUCUUUCCUCGCUUCCAUUCGUUCUUUGCCGGCCCUGUGCCGCCAAUUGCGAUGCCGACCACGUAUUUCUCCUACUCUCUCUUUUCUGCCAUGCUACGGAUAUUCGUAUGGAUACCCACGGUACACUGCUGGCUGGUCUUCCUCCAGCGUGCUGUGCUGUCGAGAGUUCCAUUUCUCGUCGUCCCCUCAUCCUUGGUCGUGCCGGCGGUGAUCAACCACUCUCGUUUUCUUCUCACCGCACCUUUGACCGCCGGGCAGAAUAGCAGCCCAGCAGCAGAGGAGCAGCGCAAUUACCUAUGUAUUCCAUUUGGCGGCUGUUUCUUGACUGCCAGCUCAUCAUCACCACCACCACUCACUCACUUGUACUUUGCUCUCAUCUCAAUCACACCCUCCAUCCAACCCCAAUGCUGCUUAAUCCUCGGCCAAUCCAAACCAUCUCACAGUUUUCCCAAAAAGACACUGGACAGAAACACCCACACCCCCAUCCUUCCAUCCAUCCCGCACACCACCACAUCAUCAUCGCAACACACACGCAACGCACGUCCACCACCCACCACGACCACCCACACACCAACAUCCUCGCACCCCCCUCCCCUCCCCUUCCCAUCCACCAUCAUUCAUCCACCCUCACAUCCAUCUCCAUCCUCCAUCCCUGCUCGUCUAGCGUGCUCUGUCUUGCCUGUUCCACCGACAUUACCAGCUCGCUGUGGAGACGCCGCAAAGCCUCACUUCCAUGACUGGACAUUCGUUGCGCUGCUGAUCCUGUCGACUUCUUUAAACCACUGGCCUCUCGCCGUCCGCCUUCCCGAAUUCUCCUGCGAUCGUCUUCCUAUUCGAAGCCACAGACUUCCCUGUACCAUCGAACAUCAACUCGCCUCAACCCGCCUCGCCAAACUUCAAGACAAGUCAACCUUGAAUCCUGCUGCUCGCACAAAUCUUCGAGACCCCCCAACAAUCCACCAAAAGAGUCUCGAAUACCAGGAAACAAAUCUUGACUCCCGCUGGGUCUUAUUGUUUCGCCGCGCAGCACCAGCCAUACUCCAUAGAAAGACAAGACCAAGAACCAAACAACAGCGUUUUUUCGUCACUCGGGAGACCUUGAAUGCGUUGGAGAAAGAAGAACGAGGCUGCAGCAACAUCGUGUCACAUCACACCUCGUCUACUACCGACGUCUAA